AUGGACCAACUCCUCGAACAGGCGCGAUCCAUCUACGAGGGCGAAAUCGACUUCGAAGGCCAGAGACUCGCCGAAUACAUAACCUACGGCUUCCUCUCUGUAGUAGGAGUGAUUGCCUUCUUCGCCGGCUUCAUCACCCAGGAUAUCUACCAAACUCUCUACAUCGGUCUCGGUGGCACAGCACUUACCUUCCUGAUUGUGGUCCCGCAAUGGCCUUUCUUCAACAAGCACCCUCAGCCAUGGCUGCCUCCGCGAACAACGGCAGGAGCAUUACAGGGCAUCAAUAUUGAGGUGGAUGGGAAGAAAGUGAGCUAG